AUGAGAAUCUACCAAUGUCAUUUUUGCUCAUCUCCUGUUUAUCCAGGUCAUGGUAUUAUGUUUGUUCGUAAUGAUGCAAAAGAGUUUAGAUUUUGUCGUUCUAAAUGUCAUAAAUCAUUUAAGCAACGUCGUAACCCACGUAAAUUGAAAUGGACCAAAGCAUUUAGAAAGGCUGCCGGUAAAGAAUUGGCUGUGGAUUCUACUUUAACUUUUGCUCAAAGAAGAAAUGUUCCAGUUAGAUAUAAUAGAGAAUUAGUUGCCACUACGUUGAAGGCAAUGUCGAGAGUGGAAGAAAUAAGACAAAAACGUGAAAGAGCGUUCUAUAAGAAUAGAAUGAGAGGUAAUAAAGAAAAGGACUUCUUAAGAGACAAGAAAUUAGUCGAAUCUAACCCUGAACUAUUAAGAAUUAGAGAAGUUGAAAUUGCUAACAAAUUGGCCAAAGAACAAGCAAGGGCUGAAAUGGGUUCUGAAGAAGACGAAGAAGUUUCUGAAGAAGAAAUGGAUAUUGAUAGUGAAGAAGAGGAAGAAGAACAAUUACAAAAGCAAAAGAUUCUAUUGAAAAACAAGAAGAGAAAUUCAAAGAAAAUUGCCUUUUAG